AUGCAAAUACUAAAGGAAAGAGACUGCUUCUUGUCCAAUUAUGAAGUCGCAGAACAUUUGAAAGGACUCAAAAAGAAAUAUAACUGGACUUUUUCCGAGCAAGAUGAAAAAGAAUCAGAUAAACCAGAUAAAAAGAACAAGCGAUUCACAGCCUGUGGGAUAAACUUAGAAGUUAUAACCAAAGAUGUCUUGUCGUAUAUUGAUCAUAGUGCCUCAAGUGCCAUAACAACCGCUGAUCAUUUUAAACAAUUGGUGAAAUAUUUAAACCAGUUUGAAUUAAUGAAGGUUGAAAAAUUACAAAUUGUAAACUCAUUACCCAGAUCCAUGGUUACUUUGUAUGCAUUGGUUGAAGAAUGUGAUCAAAGAUUCAAUGAAGAGACUUGUCAAGGUAUACUAGAUAAAAUAAAUGAGUUGUUCCCUUUAGCUGAAGAGGAAGAGGAACAAGCAGAGGAAGAGGAAGAGGAAGUAGAAGAAGCAGAGGAAGCAAAUCAUGACAAUAUAUAA